UUUGAAAACUCCCUCUCAGACAGCUAUAGAAGAAAGCAGCUCCAACUCUGUGCAGGAAUCCCGAACAAAGAAGCUUCAGCAGCUCUUCAUCACACUUUGAGACUUAAAGCUCCAACAUGAUCUUGCUCCUCUUCUUGUUCAGUCUGGCUCUGGGUGCUUCUUCUGAGUCUCCUUCUAAUGCAAGUGAAUUGGAGCUACAACUUGAUAACCAGACAGUGAAACUACUGCGUGGAAACUGUCCCAUGUUCUGGUACAGUUUCAAUGGCCGCUGCUACAAAUAUGUGGCCACACAAAUGACCUGGGCUGAUGCAGAGCUCUACUGUGUGUCUGAGAAAGCCAACCUGGUGUCCAUCUACAGUGAGGAGGAAGAGGAGUUUGUUAAAUCUUUGAUUAAGAACUUUGACCAUGCUGAGGGACGCACCUGGAUUGGACUGAGUGACCUCCAUAAAGAAGGCAGAUGGAUGUGGUCUGAUGGUUCUGCAGUGAGUUUUGUCCACUGGCAUGCAAUACAACCAGACAACGAAGGAGGAGCUGAACACUGUGGUCACAUGAACUAUGAUACAAAGUGGAAUGAUGUACCGUGUUCUAGAAAUCAUACCUCUGUUUGUGCUACUCGUGUAGCUUGCCCAUAGCAACUGAGAACCUUACAUAUUCAAAGUGUCAUGGUCUGGCUGGCAGACCGUGGGGGGUGUGGGGAAGGAGGACCCAGGCGCGGUGGUCUAUGUACAAGCAGUGCGUUUA